GGGCUCCGAAAUCCCAGUGGCUGAGGCCAUUCGCGUUAUAAACGAGGCAGGGGGGGCGGCAGUGCUGGCGCACCCGUGGACUAUACCGGAGAGCGCACUAAGGGGGAUGCUGAAGCGGGUGGCGGGCGCAGGGCUGGUGGGCAUGGAGGUGUACCGAGGGAAAGAGAUCCAGGAAG